GCUCAUGCCCUCUCCGCAUCCAGUGCUGCUUAGAGGUGCUCGGGCCGCUCUGCUGCUGCUGCUGCCUCCCCGGCUCUUAGCCCGGCCCUCGCUCCUGCUCCGCCGGUCCCUCAGCGCGCCCUCCUGCGCCCGGAUCUCCUUGCCCGCCGCCGCCUCCCGGAGCAGCAUGGACGGCGCGGGGGCUGAGGAGGUGCUGGCACCUCUGAGGCUAGCAGUGCGCCAGCAGGGAGAUCUUGUGCGAAAACUCAAAGAAGAUAAAGCACCCCAAGUAGACGUGGACAAAGCAGUGGCUGAGCUCAAAGCCCGCAAGAGGGUUCUGGAAGCAAAGGAGCUGGCAUUACAGCCCAAAGAUGAUAUUGUAGACCGAGCAAAAAUGGAAGAUACCCUGAAGAGGAGGUUUUUCUAUGAUCAAGCUUUUGCUAUUUAUGGAGGUGUUAGUGGUCUGUAUGACUUUGGGCCAGUUGGCUGUGCUUUGAAGAACAAUAUUAUUCAGACCUGGAGGCAGCACUUUAUCCAAGAGGAACAGAUCCUGGAGAUCGAUUGCACCAUGCUCACCCCUGAGCCAGUUUUAAAGACCUCUGGCCAUGUAGACAAAUUUGCUGACUUCAUGGUGAAAGAUGUAAAAAAUGGAGAAUGUUUUCGUGCUGACCAUCUAUUAAAAGCUCAUUUACAGAAAUUGAUGUCUGAUAAGAAGUGUUCUGUCGAAAAGAAAUCAGAGAUGGAAAGUGUUUUGGCCCAGCUUGAUAACUAUGGACAGCAAGAACUUGCAGAUCUUUUUGUGAACUAUAAUGUAAAAUCUCCCAUUACUGGAAAUGAUCUAUCCCCUCCAGUAUCUUUUAACUUAAUGUUCAAGACAUUCAUUGGGCCUGGAGGAAACAUGCCUGGGUACUUGAGACCAGAAACUGCACAGGGGAUUUUCUUGAAUUUCAAACGACUUUUGGAGUUCAACCAAGGAAAGUUGCCUUUUGCUGCUGCCCAGAUUGGAAAUUCUUUUAGAAAUGAGAUCUCCCCUCGAUCUGGACUGAUCAGAGUCAGAGAAUUCACAAUGGCAGAAAUUGAGCACUUUGUAGAUCCCAGUGAGAAAGACCACCCCAAGUUCCAGAAUGUGGCAGACCUUCACCUUUAUUUGUAUUCAGCAAAAGCCCAGGUCAGCGGACAGUCUGCUCGGAAAAUGCGCCUGGGAGAUGCUGUUGAACAGGGUGUGAUUAAUAACACAGUAUUAGGCUAUUUCAUUGGCCGCAUCUACCUCUACCUCACGAAGGUUGGAAUAUCUCCAGAUAAACUCCGCUUCCGGCAGCACAUGGAGAAUGAGAUGGCCCAUUAUGCCUGUGACUGUUGGGAUGCAGAAUCCAAAACAUCCUACGGUUGGAUUGAGAUUGUUGGAUGUGCUGAUCGUUCCUGUUAUGACCUCUCCUGUCAUGCACGAGCCACCAAAGUCCCACUUGUAGCUGAGAAACCUCUGAAAGAACCCAAAACAGUCAAUGUUGUUCAGUUUGAACCCAAUAAGGGAGCAAUUGGUAAGGCGUAUAAGAAGGAUGCAAAACUGGUGAUGGAGUAUCUUGCCAUUUGUGAUGAGUGCUACAUUACAGAAAUGGAAAUGCUGCUGAAUGAGAAAGGGGAAUUCACAAUCGAAACUGAAGGGAAAACAUUUCAGUUAACAAAAGACAUGGUCAAUGUGAAGAGAUUCCAGAAAACACUAUAUGUGGAAGAAGUUGUUCCGAAUGUAAUUGAACCCUCCUUCGGCCUGGGUAGGAUCAUGUAUACGGUAUUUGAACAUACAUUCCAUGUACGAGAAGGAGAUGAACAGAGAACAUUCUUCAGUUUUCCUGCUGUAGUUGCUCCAUUCAAAUGUUCCGUCCUCCCACUGAGCCAAAACCAGGAGUUCAUGCCAUUUGUCAAGGAAUUAUCGGAAGCCCUGACCAGGCACGGAGUGUCUCACAAAGUAGACGAUUCCUCUGGGUCAAUUGGAAGGCGCUAUGCCAGGACUGAUGAGAUUGGCGUGGCUUUUGGUGUCACCAUUGACUUUGACACAGUGAACAAGACCCCCCACACUGCAACUCUGAGGGACCGUGACUCAAUGCGGCAGAUAAGAGCAGAGGUCUCUGAGCUGCCCAGCAUAGUCCGAGACCUGGCCAAUGGCAACAUCACAUGGGCCGAUGUGGAGGCCAGGUAUCCUCUGUUUGAAGGCCAAGAGACUGGUAAAAAAGAGACAAUCGAGGAAUGAGGACAAUUUUGACAACUUUUGACCACUUGCGCUAAUAAAAAAAAAACAAACAAACAACUCUUAUGUCCACUUUACAAAAGAAAACAGCAUUGUGAUUACUCCCAGGGACCGUAUUUUAUCUUCAGUGGCUGCCUGAUUUUACCCCCACAAUUAAAAUUGAAGGAAUCCUGAACAAA